UGGCGGUAGGCAGUCGACAACAGCGCCGAUUAAGCUUUCUGGUUUGCUCCCCAACAUUUACAACCAUUUACGACAUCGGAUUGUGCUCAUGUCCACUGAGCAGAACGGCUCGGCGAGAGAGUUUUUUUUUUUGAGUUCGUUUGAAGUGCGUGUUAGUUAGUGACUGGGUGCGUUGUAGGGCGCCCAGCUUCCCAGCUUAUCUUUAGUUACUGGACGCCCGAUGUUAACUUGACCGUAACUACGGAACUUCUAGUCAGGCUGGACUGUGACAAGGGCUCGGAGCGACCGCUGCCGCAGCCGGGAGAUAUUGGACCAGGGCAUACAAUCUAGCUAAGAACGAUGGCCACGAUAGACGGUCGGCCCGCACAAUAUGGGAUCACCCUCAAGCAUUUACGCGACCUCAUGGAACACCGAGGUCCUGAGGGUGUGAAUAAGGUGAACGAAAUCGGAGGAGUACAGGAGCUGUGCAAGAAGUUAUAUACAUCGCCAAGCGAAGGACUUAGUGGAUCACAGGUGGACACCGAACACAGGAGAGAAACAUUUGGAUCAAACUCGAUUCCUCCGAAACCGCCGAAAACCUUUUUUCAAUUAGUAUGGGAAGCACUGCAGGAUAUUACGCUUAUCAUCCUCGAAGUGGCCGCCAUCGUAUCUUUGGGACUAUCAUUUUACCAGCCGCCCAGCGAAGACGAAGGCUUCGAAGAUGACGAAACUAGCCACGGCUGGAUCGAAGGGCUCGCCAUUUUGAUAUCUGUUAUAGUAGUUGUGUUAGUAACCGCGUUCAAUGACUACACCAAGGAGAGGCAGUUCCGUGGCCUGCAAAAUCGAAUCGAGGGCGAGCACCGGUUCUCCGUCAUUCGGCAAGGCGAAGUCAAGCAGAUCUCUGUCAGCGACAUCGUCGUCGGUGACAUCUGCCAAAUCAAAUAUGGAGACCUGCUGCCGGCCGACGGUAUCCUCAUCCAGUCCAACGACUUGAAGGUUGACGAAUCCUCGUUGACCGGUGAGUCUGAUCACGUGAAGAAAGGCGAGUCCUUCGACCCGAUGGUGCUUUCCGGUACACACGUGAUGGAAGGAUCCGGAAAGAUGCUCGUCGCCGCCGUCGGUGUCAACUCUCAGGCUGGUAUCAUCUUCACUUUACUUGGUGCAGCCGUCGACGAGCAGGAACAGGAGAUCAAGAAGAUGAAGAAAGAGGCUAAAAAGCAGCGGAAGAAGAAAAGCCUGACAGGUGAUGAAGAGUCUGCCGUGACAGGCAAUAGCCACAUGAAUUCGCCCGCACCUGUUUCGAAUAAACACGGGAACUCGGACGGCGAUGACGGCCAGGGUAAUCAUGUGGCUUCAGGAAACAACAGCGCCGACAGCCACAAGAAGGAGAAGUCCGUUCUGCAGGCCAAAUUGACCAAGCUAGCCAUACAGAUCGGUUACGCCGGCUCCACCAUUGCCGUGCUCACGGUUGUCAUUUUGAUCAUCCAGUUCUGCGUUAAGACAUUUGUAAUUGACGAGAAGGAAUGGAAGAACUCCUACGCCAACAAUUUAGUGCGUCAUCUGAUCAUCGGUGUGACCGUCUUGGUGGUCGCAGUGCCGGAAGGUUUGCCUCUCGCCGUCACCUUGUCUUUAGCUUACAGUGUGAAGAAAAUGAUGAAAGACAACAACUUAGUGCGGCAUUUAGAUGCGUGUGAAACAAUGGGCAACGCGACUGCCAUUUGCUCAGACAAGACUGGCACCCUGACGACGAACAGAAUGACGGUGGUGCAGUCGUACAUUUGCGAGCAGCUGUGCAAGACAAUGCCAAAAUUCGCAGACAUCCCUGCCGAAGUCGGCAACUUGAUUAUUCAAGGCAUCGCGGUGAACUCUGCAUACACCUCGAGGAUAAUGCCAGCGGAAGAGCCAGGAGAGCUUCCGAAGCAAGUGGGUAACAAAACCGAGUGCUCGCUUUUAGGGUUUGUUAUGGGUAUGCAGAAGAACUAUCAAACCCUCAGGGACGACCAACCGGAGGAAACAUUUACGCGUGUUUACACGUUCAACUCUGUAAGGAAAUCGAUGAGCACAAUUAUACCACGCCAAGGCGGCGGAUACCGGUUGUUCACCAAGGGUGCUUCUGAAAUUAUAUUAAACAAGUGUGCCUUCAUAUAUGGUCAUGACGGCCGUUUGGAAAAAUUCACCAGGGAUAUGCAAGAGAGGUUGCUGAGGCAGGUCAUCGAACCGAUGGCAUGCGACGGCUUGCGUACCAUUUCGAUCGCUUACCGUGACUUCGUGCCAGGUAAGGCCGAUAUCAAUCAGGUCCACAUAGAUAACGAGCCAAACUGGGAGGACGAGGAAAACAUCGUAAACAACUUGACAUGCCUGUGCGUGGUUGGCAUCGAAGAUCCCGUGCGUCCUGAAGUACCGGAAGCCAUCAGGAAGUGCCAGAAGGCUGGCAUCACUGUGCGUAUGGUAACUGGAGACAACAUCAAUACGGCCAGAUCGAUUGCCACCAAGUGCGGUAUCAUCAAACCUACCGACGACUUCCUCAUACUCGAGGGCAAGGAAUUUAACAGACGAAUCAGGGACAGCACCGGCGAGGUUCAACAGCAUCUGCUUGAUAAAGUUUGGCCUAAAUUACGCGUCCUCGCCAGAUCGUCGCCCACGGAUAAGUACACACUUGUCAAGGGAAUUAUUGAUAGUAAAGUAAGCGAAAACAGAGAAGUUGUUGCCGUCACCGGCGACGGCACCAAUGAUGGACCGGCUCUCAAAAAGGCCGACGUCGGCUUUGCUAUGGGUAUUGCCGGAACGGACGUGGCGAAAGAAGCUUCCGAUAUUAUUUUAACCGAUGAUAAUUUCAGUAGUAUUGUUAAGGCCGUUAUGUGGGGUCGAAACGUUUAUGAUAGUAUAGCUAAAUUUUUGCAGUUUCAACUUACUGUAAAUGUUGUAGCUGUUAUUGUAGCUUUCAUUGGUGCCUGCGCUGUUCAAGACAGUCCUUUAAAGGCUGUGCAAAUGCUGUGGGUGAAUUUGAUUAUGGACACUCUAGCCUCAUUAGCUUUGGCCACUGAACUGCCCACGUCCGAUCUGUUGCUUAGGAAACCCUACGGCAGGACAAAACCUCUUAUUUCACGGACUAUGAUGAAGAACAUUCUUGGCCAGGCCAUUUAUCAGUUAACUGUUAUAUUUUCGUUACUGUUUGUAGGUGAUAAGUUGUUGGAUAUUGAAUCGGGUAGGGGAGCGGAAUUCGGCUCAGGCCCCACGCAACACUUCACGGUGAUAUUUAAUUCCUUCGUCAUGAUGACAUUGUUCAAUGAGUUCAACGCCAGAAAGAUUCAUGGUCAAAGAAACGUAUUUCAGGGUAUCUUCACAAAUCCGAUUUUCUAUAGUAUUUGGAUCGGCACUUGCGCAUCCCAGGUACUCAUCAUCCAGUAUGGUAAAAUGGCCUUCUCCACCAAGAGUCUCACUCUGGAGCAGUGGUUGUGGUGUCUGUUCUUUGGCGUGGGAACAUUAUUAUGGGGCCAAUUAGUAACUACUGUACCCACCAGGAAGAUACCAAAGAUUCUUUCAUGGGGUAGGGGUCACCCAGAAGAGUACACCGAGUCUAUAACGAUUGGCGAGGAGAAGUUCGACGUAGACUCCGAUAAGAAGCCGAGAGCCGGACAAAUCUUAUGGAUCAGGGGUCUCACUAGAUUGCAAACGCAGGUGAUAGGUGGUGAAUUGCAAGAGCGUUUGAUUCCGGUUCCGUACAGCAAGAGCUCCACUGACCAAGCUAUCCGAGUAGUUAAUGCUUUCCGUCAGGGCCUAGAUGCUCGGUACGGCGAACACAGCAAUACUUCCCUAGCCGAGGUACUCCGCAAACAGACAUCACUCUCAAAGAGGUUGUCGCAAACUUCUUCCAUUGAGUAUGCCGAUAACAUCCCAGACGAGCUGACGAUUCCUGAAAUCGAUGUGGAACGAUUAUCGUCUCACAGCCAUACGGAGACGGCCGUUUAGAUCCCAUAAUCGCGCUCCCGUCCCAACCACACCUCUGACCAAAUGCAACAGCAACAACAACAACAACAUCAGCAACAACAACAACAACUGUUACAACAAUACAACAACAACAACUACUACUACAAUAGCACCACCCGUAUCCCUAACCUACCCUAGCAGCGAGAGUGUACCAAUCGGCUCGGCAGUCACGCAACUGCCAUCAAAUAUUAACAUAUACAUCAAAUUCAAGUAAAACAAAUAGAAAUUAUGGUAUAUGAAUUAUUAUUAUGAUUACUAUUAUUAUAAAUAUGCCUCAUAUGCAUCCGUAAUCAUGCGCAUUGUUCGUUAAUUUAAUUGUUAUUCCAGUGGAUAUAUAUAUAUAUACAUACAUAAACUAUAUAUAUAUAUAUAUACAUUACUAUACGGUGAAAUAGUGUAGAAGCAUUGCCAAUAAACAUGGCGACUUGAACUAAACAUGAUUUAGCAAUAAAUGGGCGAUCGUAAGUUUGCCCAUAGCGUUUAAUUAGGUGCCUAGUUGGGGAUAUUUCGUGUCCCCACGCCAGGACGAGGACGGUAGCAUCCGUUUGCUUUUUUUUUACUCGUCGACCCUCCGGACAAGUAUCGGCAAUUGGCACCGCAUCCUAAGAGGAAAUAAUUCAUUCUUGAAACCUUGGUAUGAUGGGACUGGAUGGGUAUGGAUGGCCGCAGUGCACUCCGGUGAGAGCAGACAUCCGCGGCGAUCUGAAUCAAAUGUGGUUUACGUGCACCAUCGCCGCGGUUCGGCUGUCUUCCACCGGUUGCGGUCACUUUCUCAGAGGAUGCAGUGCUGCAACCGACAUCCGAAGGGUUGCGGAUUCAGCUCCAGGUCGGCAUCCCUCCUCGUCCACGCGUGCUUCAGAUGUCGUAUGUUCGUUUUGAACUCGCAUUCGACAGCGGAAGCUCGCUACAUUAAGUCUAACAUUAAUGUAAGGAUAAGAUUUUUGUAGAGUGAUUAUCACAUGUUGUGUGCCCUACCAAAUGUAUGGGGCAGGGGCGGCAGUUGUGGCGCGGGGCUCAGUGGACACGCCGUACGCAAUAA